AUGGGGUUUUCCCCCUGGAUCUCAUCAUAUCUAGGUGCCUUGGUGUUGGCUGUUGUUGCGAAUCUCACGGCCUGGUGCUCCGGGCCGAGGGGAUGUGCAUCAACAUGUGAUGUCCUUCUUUUGGGUGCGGUGCGGUUGUGCGCGGGCAUGCCAGCACGGUCUACCGUGCGUCGAGAUGGUGAUGAGGUUCACGACCUGAGCUACAAGGCCAUUUUAGUGGUGGUGUUGGUGGCGGGUUUUAGGUGGUGCUCUGGCGCGUUGCUCAGAGAGCGAUGGUCUCUUGAGCUUAGUAUUUAUAGGAGGAGUCUUGGAGGGACAAUCGAGGCUGAAAAGACUUGCGUGGUGGAGCCUAAUCGGGGUAAGUGGGUAGUCAAAUCGGCAUUUGAGAUCGUGAAGCAUGGUGGUGUGACUCCCAUAAAUCCCGGUAAAUCUCGGCCACCGCCCUGA